AUGGAGCCCCUCUCCUUCCAGGAAUACAUCUGCUCCCUGGACCCCACCACCCUGCCCCGCAUCCUCAGGAUUUGCUCCGGUGUCUACUUCCAAGGGUCCGUGUAUGAGAUCGCAGGCAACGAGUGCUGCUUGGCCACAGGAGACCUGCUGCAAGUCACUGCCACAGAACUGCAGAAGGUCAUCUGUGAGGACAUGGAGACAGGGCAGACAACGGAGCUGCUACCGACAUUUCAGGGGAGACCUUUGCAGCCCCCCUGGGCUCAGCCUCGUGGGCCACAGCCCCUGCUGUGCCCCGACAUCGGCCCCCACGUCCUGCUCCUGCACCCCGUCUACGAGGUGCAGGCCACCAUGCACCGCACAGAGAGCGACGGCACCGAACACGAUUACGAGACCGUCGAUGGCAACAUGCAAAAGAUAAUUCACAAACUGCAGACGCUUUUUCCUUUCUAA